CCGUAGCCAUGCUGGCUCAAGAGCAAGUCUGGCUCAGCGGGCGUCGCGCCUCGCGCGGUCCAGAAGCAGGAGGCCGCGCCGCGUUAACGAUGGCGAGCCGACGCGUCCUUCUUGUCGUCGCGCUGCUGGUCGCAGGACAGCCCACCCUGGUGGUCGCCGGCGGGGGGGGGCAUGACAACGACAGCAGCGGCCUCCCCAUCGGCGAUGUGGACGAGGACAAGGGCGGAGAGCAUGCCGCGGUCAUCGGAGAGGAGAUUGCGAAGCCCAUCAGUUGGGUGCAAGACCAUGGUGCCGACUGGUUGCUGGAGAAGACAUUGCCCAUGGUUGCGGAGGAGUACAGGUACGUUACGAUGUACUUCAUUUGCGUCGCCUGGCCGCUAUUUGAUAUUCUUGUACUGUCUGCAGCCGUCCAAAAAGCCUACCAAGUGGGCGGCUGGAUGGUCACGAAGCCCCUGACCGCAAUCCGGCUCAUCAUUGUGCAUGUCGUCCCAUUGUUCAUGAUCGGUAGCGCCGCCUUCCUCACACCCUGGCCGUGCUGCUCCCGAUGGCAGCAAAUCUGGCAGAUCCUGCUAGGCAUGGACACAUUUCUGUACGUGGUGACGUUGCAAUACGCUUCGUGGGACAAGGAACUGCGAAGGCGAUUGACGGACGAUGGCAUGGGAGUGUCUUUUGUGGUGCUGCUGUCAUUGAUCCCCGUGCAGACCAUAACCAGGUAUGCUGUUGAAUUUCAGCCUUCUGAUUUUUUACUAAGGUUUGUUUUGACAAUUUCGAUCGUCGAAGCAGCCUGUCUGACCGCCGCCGCCUCUCAGUGACUCCACUUUUGGUCACCUGGCGAGCAUUGCCACCAGUGCGUUGCAGCGACGGUUGCGUACGUGGCCAAGCUCUUUGGCGUCGUUCCAAUUUGUUUGUUCAGGAGCGUUCUCCGUGCCUGAGGAGGCUCGCAGAAUGCGGCAUUUGCCAUUGCGCAACUUGCCAUCCGAAUAAAGGACUGCAGGCUGCCAAGUGCUGUCUCCCUCCCAGUCUCUACUCUGGCUCGAACUUUGGCGUCGGCUGAGUCCCCGCCAGUGCGGCUGCGGCUGGGCAAAGCUACAAUUGUAGCGAAAGACGCCCGCGAGCACACCCACCUACUCCAGCUCCUCCUGUUCCAUCCUUUUCUUCAUCCUCUUUCUGCUGCUCAGUUUGCCUCCUCCAACCAUGUGCCUCCCUUUUCCGAUUUGCAGCGGGUGAUGGGUCAUAGAUUGCAGUUGACAAGCAAUGCCCCCAGGACACCGUAAUCGGUGGAUCUGACAUGAUACCCUUGCGGCAGAAGACCUAAC